GUAAUUUUUACGGCACGAAUUCAACCACAAGGAGACUAUAGCGCGGAUCUCGGGGUAUCCUACUGUUUGGUUUUUUGUCUGCUCAUCUCAGCCAACAUUAGCUUCGGGUGCACAUUGUUACCAUCUAGCAAAACGUUUCUGUUCUAUCGGUGCCGUUGGUUGAUGAACCUUUUUUGUUCUCACAGGUGCCCUGAGUACUCAAAGAUCGUGGCUAGUGGACUUAAAAACUCCACAAUAGUUUGGUUUUGCUAAAUUGAUUGACCAUGGAAACAAAUAACUCCACUUGUGAGGACGAAAACAUUGUUCGGAGAAAUGGCGAAACUCAAAACCCACCAGUGGAAUUGUCGUAUUUUCCUGAGCAUAUUUUUGGUGAAAACGGCUAUUUAAACCUGUUGAGAUACAUACUUGCCAAAGGUAUCGAGCGGGCAGACCGUACUAAAACUGGGACUUGUGCAGUUUUCGGUCCACAGAUGCGAUUCUCCCUUAGAAAUCACGAGUUCCCUCUUUUGACGACAAAAACAGUGUUUUUUCGAGGAAUUGUGGAGGAGCUGUUGUGGUUUAUUCGUGGAUCUACUAACUCUCGUGAACUAGCAGAAAAAAAAGUACAUUUUUGGGACGCAAAUGGGUCCCGUGAGUUCCUUGAUGGAUUAGGUUUCACUGAACGUGAGGAAGGUGAUCUUGGUCCCGUUUAUGGUUUCCAGUGGCGUCACAGCGGCGCUGAAUACGUAGAUUGUAAAACUGAUUAUAGUGGUCAAGGUGUUGACCAACUUGCAGAUGUCAUUAAGCUUAUCCGAGAACGCCCUUGGGACAGAAGGAUUAUGAUUGUAGCUUGGAAUGUCAGAGAUUUACGUAAAAUGGCCCUUCCUCCUUGUCAUUGUCUUGUGCAAUUUUUCGUUGCAAACGAUGAACUGAGCUGCCAGUUAUACCAGCGUUCAGGAGAUAUGGGUCUUGGUGUGCCAUUCAACAUUGCAAGUUAUGCCUUGUUAACUUGUAUGAUUGCUCAUAUUACUGGGUUGAAACCCGGUGAGUUUGUACAUACACUGGGUGAUGCACAUAUUUAUUCUAAUCAUCGUGAGGCAUUACUUGAACAGGUUAAACGUGUACCUCGACCUUUUCCGAAAUUGGAAAUUAUACGGAAAGUGAACGCUAUCGAAGAUUUUAAGUUUGAAGAUUUCAAACUUACUGACUAUAAACCUUAUCCGAAAAUCCCUAUGAAAAUGGCACUCUGAGAGAUAGUUUUUUAAUCAUUAUCAAAUAACACGAAACAUGGUUUAACAGCAAGAUUUUCUAAUAUAAGUGUGUUAACAAUUCAUUUCUUGUCUUUAUAAUUGUAUAUUUUUUGCUGAAAAAUGUAUCGGUAAAACGAGUGGUUAGAUUAUGCAAGAACAACGAAGUAUUUUUUUUUUU